AUGAGAGACUAUUAUUUUCUUUUCAGCACUCUAUAUAGGAUCAUAGGUCUAAUUGUUUGCAUCAUCUUGCUAUGUAUCUGUUGUUUUUCGCCUUGCAUAUGCCUUGCCGGUGUUUGGUUCGCUGGAUGGUUCGGACUAAGAAAUCCGAAAAAACGUCAACUGGAACACCGUGCAGAAUCUCCUCCCCGCGUUGUCAUACAAAAUACCGCACCAUCUGCUUAUAUACCGCAGCGCGAAACUCAUGAAACACGAAACGGAGGCGGUGGAAGGACUGAAGAGAUCUUGUAUCAGGUCAGGGAAGUUGACCGGCGUAUUGACUCCAGCAGCGGACCCCAAGGCUACGACCGGUAUGAGCGACACAAACCAUCACGCUUGUGA